CCAGAUAUAUCUUCCUCCUUUCUACCUUUACAUGCACUUGUAUACCUGCAUGACAGAUUGAAGUCAACAUUCAUCACAGAUUCCAUUUUCUUUGAAACGCAACCAUGGUGAUCUUGUUGAUUCUUUACAUUCAAAUGCUGACUUUGGAAAACCCGACUUCAGCUCAAACCCUGCAACCUGCAACAACCCAACCCCGGAAUACAAACUUCCCUACUUCGACUGUUGCACCCGCGGAUAGCUCUGUGUUGUUCUCCUGUGGAGGUCAACAGUGUCCAGCAGGUCAGGAUUGUUCAUCUGCCAACACCUGCUAUGACCCUUGUCAGAGCUACACAUCUCUAAAUGACUCCUGGCGCUCCACCAAUAAUACCGACCAAUCCAACCUACACUGUGACCAGAAUCUGCAGUGGCAGGGCUGGUACCGGAUGUUCCUAGAGGGCACAAGCGUGCGAAUGCCAGAUUACUGUGUACCGAUGCAACGAUGUGGAACGCAUGCUCCAAUGUGGAUAGAUGGAACUCAUCCCUCUAUCCAGGAUAAGGUGGUCCAGAGGGGAGUCUGUGGUAGUUGGACUUCAGGAUGUUGUACUUUUAGGUCAAAUCCCAUCCACAUCAAAGCCUGUCCUGGAAACUACUAUGUUUACAAAUUUGUCUCUUCCAACGUCUGCUCUCUUGCUUACUGUGCAGAAAACACAACUUCAGCUCAAAGAGUGCAACCUGCUACUACCCAACCAAUGCAACCUGCAACUACCCAACCCCGAAAUACAAACUUCCCUACUUCGACUGUUGCACCCGCGGAUAGCUCUGUGUUGUUCUCCUGUGGAGGUCAACAGUGUCCAGCAGGUCAGGAUUGUUCAUCUGCCAACACCUGCUAUGACCCUUGUCAGAACUACACAUCUCUAAAUGACUCCUGGCGCUCCACCAAUAAUACCGACCAAUCCAACAUACACUGUGACCAGAAUCUGCAGUGGCAGGGCUGGUACCGGAUGUUCCUAGAGGGCACAAGCGUGCGAAUGCCAGAUUACUGUGUACCGAUGCAACGAUGUGGAACGCAUGCUCCAAUGUGGAUAGAUGGAACUCAUCCCUCUAUCCUGGAUAAGGUGGUCCAGAGGGGAGUCUGUGGUAGUUGGACUUCAGGAUGUUGUACUUUUAGGUCAAAUCCCAUCCACAUCAAAGCCUGUCCUGGAAACUACUAUGUUUACAAAUUUGUCUCUUCCAACGUCUGCUCUCUUGCUUACUGUGCAGAAAACACAACUUCAGCUCAAAGAGUGCAACCUGCUACUACCCAACCAAUGCAACCUGCAACUACCCAACCCCGAAAUACAAACUUCCCUACUUCGACUGUUGCACCCGCGGAUAGCUCUGUGUUGUUCUCCUGUGGAGGUCAACAGUGUCCAGCAGGUCAGGAUUGUUCAUCUGCCAACACCUGCUAUGACCCUUGUCAGAACUACACAUCUCUAAAUGACUCCUGGCGCUCCACCAAUAAUACCGACCAAUCCAACGUACACUGUGACCAGUAUCUGCAGUGGCAGGGCUGGUACCGGAUGUUCCUAGAGGGCACAAGCGUGCGAAUGCCAGAUUACUGUGUACCGAUGCAAAGAUGUGGAACACAUGCUCCAAUGUGGAUAGAUGGAACUCAUCCCUCUAUCCUGGAUAAGGUGGUCCAGAGGGGAGUCUGUGGUAGUUGGACUUCAGGAUGUUGUACUUUUAGGUCAAAUCCCAUCCACAUCAAAGCCUGUCCUGGAAACUACUAUGUUUACAAAUUUGUCUCUUCCAUCGGCUGCUCUCUUGCUUACUGUGCAGAAAACACAACUUCAGCUCAAAGAGUGCAACCUGCUACUACCCAACCAAUGCAACCUGCAACUACCCAACCCCGAAAUACAAACUUCCCUACUUCGACUGUUGCACCCGCGGAUAGCUCUGUGUUGUUCUCCUGUGGAGGUCAACAGUGUCCAGCAGGUCAGGAUUGUUCAUCUGCCAACACCUGCUAUGACCCUUGUCAGAACUACACAUCUCUAAAUGACUCCUGGCGCUCCACCAAUAAUACCGACCAAUCCAACGUACACUGUGACCAGUAUCUGCAGUGGCAGGGCUGGUACCGGAUGUUCCUAGAGGGCACAAGCGUGCGAAUGCCAGAUUACUGUGUACCGAUGCAAAGAUGUGGAACACAUGCUCCAAUGUGGAUAGAUGGAACUCAUCCCUCUAUCCUGGAUAAGGUGGUCCAGAGGGGAGUCUGUGGUAGUUGGACUUCAGGAUGUUGUACUUUUAGGUCAAAUCCCAUCCACAUCAAAGCCUGUCCUGGAAACUACUAUGUUUACAAAUUUGUCUCUUCCAUCGGCUGCUCUCUUGCUUACUGUGCAGAAAACACAACUUCAGCUCAAAGAGUGCAACCUGCUACUACCCAACCAAUGCAACCUGCAACUACCCAACCCCGAAAUACAAACUUCCCUACUUCGACUGUUGCACCCGCGGAUAGCUCUGUGUUGUUCUCCUGUGGAGGUCAACAGUGUCCAGCAGGUCAGGAUUGUUCAUCUGCCAACACCUGCUAUGACCCUUGUCAGAGCUACACAUCUCUAAAUGACUCCUGGCGCUCCACCAAUAAUACCGACCAAUCCAACGUACACUGUGACCAGAAUCUGCAGUGGCAGGGCUGGUACCGGAUGUUCCUAGAGGGCACAAGCGUGUGAAUGCCAGAUUACUGUGUACCGAUACAACGAUGUGGAACACAUGCUCCAAUGUGGAUAGAUGGAACUCAUCCCUCUAUCCAGGAUAAGGUGGUCCAGAGGGGAGUCUGUGGUAGUUGGACUUCAGGAUGUUGUACUUUUAGGUCAAAUCCCAUCCACAUCAAAGCCUGUCCUGGAAACUACUAUGUUUACAAAUUUGUCACUUCCAACAACUGCUUUCUUGCUUACUGUGCAGAAAACACAACUUCAGCUCAAAGAGUGCAACCUGCUACUACCCAACCAAUGCAACCUGCAACUACCCAACCCCAAAAUACAAACUUCCCUACUUCGACUGUUGCACCCGCGGAUAGCUCUGUGUUGUUCUCCUGUGGAGGUCAACAGUGUCCAGCAGGUCAGGAUUGUUCAUCUGCCAACACCUGCUAUGACCCUUGUCAGAGCUACACAUCUCUAAAUGACUCUUGGCGCUCCACCAAUAAUACCGACCAAUCCAACCUACACUGUGACCAGAAUCUGCAGUGGCAGGGCUGGUACCGGAUGUUCCUAGAGGGCACAAGCGUGCGAAUGCCAGAUUACUGUGUACCGAUACAACGAUGUGGAACACAUGCUCCAAUGUGGAUAGAUGGAACUCAUCCCUCUAUCCAGGAUAAGGUGGUCCAGAGGGGAGUCUGUGGUAGUUGGACUUCAGGAUGUUGUACUUUUAGGUCAAAUCCCAUCCACAUCAAAGCCUGUCCUGGAAACUACUAUGUUUACAAAUUUGUCACUUCCAACAACUGCUUUCUUGCUUACUGUGCAGAAAACACAACUUCAGCUCAAAGAGUGCAACCUGCUACUACCCAACCAAUGCAACCUGCAACUACCCAACCCCAAAAUACAAACUUCCCUACUUCGACUGUUGCACCCGCGGAUAGCUCUGUGUUGUUCUCCUGUGGAGCUCAACAGUGUCCAGCAGGUCAGGAUUGUUCAUCUGCCAACACCUGCUAUGACCCUUGUCAGAGCUACACAUCUCUAAAUGACUCUUGGCGCUCCACCAAUAAUACCGACCAAUCCAACCUACACUGUGACCAGAAUCUGCAGUGGCAGGGCUGGUACCGGAUGUUCCUAGAGGGCACAAGCGUGCGAAUGCCAGAUUACUGUGUACCGAUACAACGAUGUGGAACACAUGCUCCAAUGUGGAUAGAUGGAACUCAUCCCUCUAUCCAGGAUAAGGUGGUCCAGAGGGGAGUCUGUGGUAGUUGGACUUCAGGAUGUUGUACUUUUAGGUCAAAUCCCAUCCACAUCAAAGCCUGUCCUGGAAACUACUAUGUUUACAAAUUUGUCACUUCCAACAACUGCCAUCUUGCUUACUGUGCAGAAAACACAACUUCAGCUCAAAGAGUGCAACCUGCUACUACCCAACCAAUGCAACCUGUAACUACUCAACCCUGGAAUACAAACUUCCCUAUUUCGACUGUUGCACCCGCGGAUAGCUCUGUGUUGUUCUCCUGUGGAGGUCAACAGUGUCCAGCAGGUCAGGAUUGUUCAUCUGCCAACACCUGCUAUGACCCUUGUCAGAGCUACACAUCCUUAAAUGACUCCUGGCGCUCCACCAAUAAUACCGACCAAUCCAACGUACACUGUGACCAGAAUCUGCAGUGGCAGGGCUGGUACCGGAUGUUCCUAGAGGGCACAAGCGUGCGAAUGCCAGAUUACUGUGUACCGAUACAACGAUGUGGAACACAUGCUCCAAUGUGGAUAGAUGGAACUCAUCCCUCUAUCCAGGAUAAGGUGGUCCAGAGGGGAGUCUGUGGUAGUUGGACUUCAGGAUGUUGUACUUUUAGGUCAAAUCCCAUCCACAUCAAAGCCUGUCCUGGAAACUACUAUGUUUACAAGUUUGUCACUUCCAACAACUGCUUUCUUGCUUACUGUGCAGAAAACACAACUUCAGCUCAAAGAGUGCAACCUGCUACUACCCAACCAAUGCAACCUGCAACUACCCAACCCCAAAAUACAAACUUCCCUACUUCGACUGUUGCACCCGCGGAUAGCUCUGUGUUGUUCUCCUGUGGAGCUCAACAGUGUCCAGCAGGUCAGGAUUGUUCAUCUGCCAACACCUGCUAUGACCCUUGUCAGAGCUACACAUCUCUAAAUGACUCUUGGCGCUCCACCAAUAAUACCGACCAAUCCAACCUACACUGUGACCAGAAUCUGCAGUGGCAGGGCUGGUACCGGAUGUUCCUAGAGGGCACAAGCGUGCGAAUGCCAGAUUACUGUGUACCGAUACAACGAUGUGGAACACAUGCUCCAAUGUGGAUAGAUGGAACUCAUCCCUCUAUCCAGGAUAAGGUGGUCCAGAGGGGAGUCUGUGGUAGUUGGACUUCAGGAUGUUGUACUUUUAGGUCAAAUCCCAUCCACAUCAAAGCCUGUCCUGGAAACUACUAUGUUUACAAAUUUGUCACUUCCAACAACUGCUUUCUUGCUUACUGUGCAGAAAACACAACUUCAGCUCAAAGAGUGCAACCUGCUACUACCCAACCAAUGCAACCUGCAACUACCCAACCCCAAAAUACAAACUUCCCUACUUCGACUGUUGCACCCGCGGAUAGCUCUGUGUUGUUCUCCUGUGGAGCUCAACAGUGUCCAGCAGGUCAGGAUUGUUCAUCUGCCAACACCUGCUAUGACCCUUGUCAGAGCUACACAUCUCUAAAUGACUCUUGGCGCUCCACCAAUAAUACCGACCAAUCCAACCUACACUGUGACCAGAAUCUGCAGUGGCAGGGCUGGUACCGGAUGUUCCUAGAGGGCACAAGCGUGCGAAUGCCAGAUUACUGUGUACCGAUACAACGAUGUGGAACACAUGCUCCAAUGUGGAUAGAUGGAACUCAUCCCUCUAUCCAGGAUAAGGUGGUCCAGAGGGGAGUCUGUGGUAGUUGGACUUCAGGAUGUUGUACUUUUAGGUCAAAUCCCAUCCACAUCAAAGCCUGUCCUGGAAACUACUAUGUUUACAAAUUUGUCACUUCCAACAACUGCCAUCUUGCUUACUGUGCAGAAAACACAACUUCAGCUCAAAGAGUGCAACCUGCUACUACCCAACCCAUGCAACCUGUAACUACUCAACCCUGGAAUACAAACUUCCCUAUUUCGACUGUUGCACCCGCGGAUAGCUCUGUGUUGUUCUCCUGUGGAGGUCAACAGUGUCCAGCAGGUCAGGAUUGUUCAUCUGCCAACACCUGCUAUGACCCUUGUCAGAGCUACACAUCCUUAAAUGACUCCUGGCGCUCCACCAAUAAUACCGACCAAUCCAACGUACACUGUGACCAGAAUCUGCAGUGGCAGGGCUGGUACCGGAUGUUCCUAGAGGGCACAAGCGUGCGAAUGCCAGAUUACUGUGUACCGAUACAACGAUGUGGAACACAUGCUCCAAUGUGGAUAGAUGGAACUCAUCCCUCUAUCCAGGAUAAGGUGGUCCAGAGGGGAGUCUGUGGUAGUUGGACUUCAGGAUGUUGUACUUUUAGGUCAAAUCCCAUCCACAUCAAAGCCUGUCCUGGAAACUACUAUGUUUACAAAUUUGUCUCUUCCAUCGGCUGCUCUCUUGCUUACUGUGCAGAAAACACUACUUCAGCUCAAAGAGUGCAUCCUGCUACUACCCAACCCCGGAAUACAAACUUCCCUACUUCGACUGUUGCACUCGUGACAAUGGGCAAUGCCAGUGUGGUCUGUAAUGAGACAUCCAUGACAGUGGUUUUGAAGAAGGCCUCCAUGGUUGGUCUUAGUGAGGAUCACCUGCGCCUCAGUGACCCAUCCUGCAGCCUAAGCUCCAACAGCAGUCACAUCUUCAGGACCAUGGCCCUCAACGCCUGCGGCACCCAGUUGGAGGAGGAUGGUGACAACCUGAUUUUCAGAAAUGAGAUCAGUUCCUUUGACAGUGCUGUAAUAACCAGAAGGCAACAGGUGGAGAUUGAGUUCUCCUGCAUCUAUCCCAAGAAGAGUAAUGUCAGCCUGGAAUUCCUGGUCCACAAAAUUCCAUAUAUUUUCAGAGAGAAGGGCUUUGGGAAGUUUACCUACCAGUUUGAGUUCUUCCAAAGCAGUCUUUUCAACAUAAUGGUGGAUCCAGCGACUUACCCAUUGGAGGUGGAUCUGCAGGAGAUUGUCUACAUGGAGAUUGUGUCGACAUCUUCUGUCCCAAACACUAAGAUGUUUGUGGAGUCUUGCAAGGCCACGCCCUCAGACAACCCCAACGACUCCACGUACUACAGCAUUAUACAAAAUGGAUGCACAAAGGAUGAAACUGUCCAGAUCUACCCCAGGUCUCAAUCACAGUUUCGCUUUGCAAUAGAAGCAUUCAAGUUCAUUGGGAUGCAUGACCAGGUAUACAUCAGCUGUGCAGUGAUCCUGUGUGAGGCGGGGAACCCCAACACUCGCUGCGAUCAAGGCUGCAUCAAUGAAAACUCUAUGACUACACCACCCCAUAAUCGCCUAGUCAGAGAGGCUGUUCUUGAGACCGCCACACACUACAUCUCUCAGGGUCCAUUGCGUAUGAGGAGGAGCACAGACAGCAAAGCUGUUAUGGCUUUGAACCUGAACUUGGUGUUCAUCGCUAGUUGUCUCUUGGCAGCAGUCGCCAUGGUCUCUGGAGUUGUCCUCUACAGAUCCAGCAAGUCAAAGAUCAAAUAUCAACCUCUCCCAACCAGCGAAUAAGGUGCCAGGGUGGAAUUAUCUUGAAGUGAUGAUUUCUACAUGGUUUCAUGCAAAACCCAAUAUUUGGUUUUGACACUCUUGGAGUUGGUGUUAUAAAGAAUAUAUAUUCUUGUAUACACUUGUAAACUCUUAACUCUUAUAAACAACUUUAAAGUUAUUUUGUGAAAAAGUUAUUACAAAAAUGUAAUUGUAGCCUGUCCAUUUAUGGAUAAAAUAGGUAGAAGGUAAAAGGUACUCUACCAGCUCAAUCAGCACCAAAAGAUUUGUAUGAUUUGAUUUGACUAAUGAGGAAAUGUUUUAUUAUUAACCAAAUAAAUGAAGAACAAAUCAAAUAAUAACAUUAACAUCUAAUAACGUUCAGAAAUAACUUUGUUAAAGCAAAGACUAUACUACAUAGUGGAGCACUUUGUUUGGGCUAAAUCUACCUUCACUAAGAUCUUUUUGUCUCUAAUAAUUAUGGGAUUAUAUUCUGUACUAACAGGUUUAACGAGUAGAGAAAUCGAUUUACCACAUUUACAUGCACCAUCAUUAUACUGUUUCUUGUUUAGGGAUCUUGCAGAGCAUAAACAUAUUGGGCUCUGUUCCUGAAUAAUAUAUCAAUGUUAUAGAAACCCCAUUUAUACUUAGAUCAGUCCUUUGUACUGAUCUAAGUAUCAGAUAUUAUUCCUGACCACCUACAGUAAGAAGGUUGGCCUUGUCAGGCGUUGUGUUAGAAUACCUUUUAACCCUCAAUUUAACAUUAUUUAAUGGUCUAUAUUCAGGUUGAGGGACAAACAUAAGGUUUCAGAUUUUCCCUAAGAAAAUGAAGGGUGCAUAUCCAGAAAUAUUUGGGAUAUUGGUAAGGGGCUUUUAAGUCAAUUAUAUUUGUUUAAUUUGAUGGUGUUAUGAUUUAUAUUACAUAUUUGAAUAAAAUAAGAACUUCCUUUUAUUCAAAACCAAGGAUAUUUGUAUAUGAAUGGUAUAUGGUAUA